UUCAAUACGGUUGAGAAGACACAAACAGAUGCUGUGCUGGAAAAUCAACUGGUUCCGGGUAACGUAAUCCCACUGAUAAGAGCAAUGACGUCCAGUGAACGAGUGGCCAAAGUGGUACUGGUGGACAUCGAGGGCACCACCACUUCGAUUAGCUUUGUGCACGAAGUCCUGUUUCCCUACGCCAAGCAGAAUGUGGAAAAGUUCCUCAGGGAUUCCUGGAAGGUAGACGACAUACAGCGCAUUGUCCAGGAUAUGCAGCAACUGCCCCAGUUUGAGGAAUACAAGGUCCUGUUAAGAGCUCCACCAGCCGAAGUGGAUGUUGAACUGAUUGCAGGCUUUGUGCGCUAUCUAAUUGAUCAGGACCUGAAGGUCACGCCAAUGAAAACGCUUCAGGGCCUAAUUUGGGAGCAGGGCUACACUAAUGGAGAGUUGAAGGGCCAUGUAUACGAAGAUGUUCCCGCAGCUUUUGAGGCCUGGCGUGCCUCUGGUCUUCAGAUUGCCGUCUACUCCAGUGGCAGUGUGGCUGCCCAAAAGCUGAUAUUCGGACAUAGUUUAGUGGGGAACCUGCAGCCGCACUUGAGUGCUUAUUUCGAUACCCAUGUGGGCCACAAACAGGAACAAAAAUCCUAUGAAAACAUUGCCAACCUAUUAAAGGAGGACCCGAAGCAGAUUCUAUUUCUCACGGAUAUUCCAGGAGAAGCGGCUGCCGCUCGAUCUGCGGGAUUGCAAGCCGUCAUUCUGCAGCGUCCUGGAAACGCCGCCUUAGCGGACGAUCAAAUAGCUAGUUUUGAAUUGAUGCCGGACUUUAAACCACUUCAAAAUCUGAAACUGCCGAUCAAUAAAUACCAGUCUUAGGUCAUUUCAAAAAAGUA